AUGGACACUGUACCUACAUACACUGGGGCCGAAGGCGUUCCCUACGCUAGCGCCUCCACAGCUCAACACUUCGGCGGCAAUAACAUCAAGGGUCUCAUGCUUCUCCAAGACACCCAACUUAUAGAGACCCUCGCCCAUUUCAGUCGUGAAAGAAUCCCAGAGCGAGUAGUUCAUGCCGCUGGUGUUGGUGCAUGGGGAGAGUUUGAGGUUACACACGAUAUCUCCGAACUUACCGAUGCCAAAUUCCUCAAUGGAAUUGGCAAGAAGUCUAAAGUCCUUUUGAGGGUUUCCACCGUGGGACCUGAGAGAGGAGGUGCGGAUACUAUUAGGGAUGUUAGGGGUUGGGGUAUGAAGAUAUUUACUGAGGAGGGGAAUCAGGAUUUUGUUUUUAAUAGUAUCCCUGUAUUCUUUGUUCGAGAUCCUAUCAAGUUUCCUUCUCUUAACCGAUCUCACAAGAGGCACCCGGCAACUAAUCAAGGAGACCCUACUAUGUUUUGGGAUUUCCAUAAUAACAACCAGGAGGGAAUCCACGCCAUUAUGGCCCUCUUCAGUGACCGAGGUACCCCCAAGACUGUUAGACAUCUUAAUGCCUACAGUGGUCACACAUAUAAGAUUACCAAGGAGGACGGAACAUUCCACUACGUCAAGGUCCACAUCAAGACUAACCAGGGUGUUGAAACCCUUACCAACGAUGAAGCGACUAGAUUAGCUGGCGAGGCGCCAGGAAUCCAUGGCGUCGACCUUUACGAAUCCAUCGCCAAAGGUGACUUCCCAUCGUGGACUUUCUUCUUCCAAGUCAUGACCCCAGCUCAAGCCGAAAACUACCGCUGGAAUAUCUUCGAUAUGACCAAAAUCUGGCCACACUCCGAUUUCCCACUCAUCCCCGUUGGCAAACUUACCCUUAACAAGAACCCUGGAAACUACUUCGCCGAAAUCGAACAAGCCGCCUUCUCACCUUCAAACAUGGUCCCCGGAAUCGCCCCCUCCGCAGAUCCACUGCUCCAAGCCCGCAUGUUCGCCUACAACGACGCAGCCCGCUACCGUCUCGGCGUAAACUACCAACAACUCCCCUGCAACCGCGCCGUCUCCCGCGUCUACUGUCCCUUCCAACGUGACGGUUCCAUGACAUUCACAGAUAACUACGGCGGCGAUCCAAACUACAUCGGUUCAGAUCUCAAACCGAUAAAUUAUAAAGGUAAAUUCGGAGCGCAUGGGUAUAAAAUCGGUGGACACGAGGAAUGGAUCGGUAGUGUCGUUGGGUUUACGAGUGAAGUUGUGGAUGAUGAUUUUGUGCAGGCGAGGAUGUUUUGGGAUAUGCUGGGGAAACAGGAGGGUCAGCAGGAGCAUUUUGUGUAUAAUGUGGCUUGUCAUUUGAAGGGGGCUAUUCCGCAGGUUCAGGAGAAGGCACUUGGUAUGCUUAGCAAUGUCUAUCCGGUUAUUGCUGAGAAGCUUAGAGUUUCCAUCGGAAAUUUGAAGAAGGUUGCUCCAUUGAACUAG